GCUUCCUCUGGAACUGCCUUUCCUCUGUAGCUGUCAGACCGUCCUGUGCAAAGCUCCCCACAUCCUGUCAGAAGCAAGAGAUUACAGGACCCGGAGCUACGCAAUUUCAGAAGGCGAGAAGAUUGGAUUUGGAAAGGUAGAAUGUCCGAUUCUCUGGUCGUGUGCGAUGUGGACCCAGAGCUGAAGGAGAAACUGAAGAAAUUUCGGUUUCGGAAGGAGACGAACAAUGCCGCUAUAAUUAUGAAGGUUGACAAAGACAAGCAACUGGUGGUGCUGGAGGAAGAAUUUCAGCCCUGGACUGAGCUGCGCCCACAAGGACCGCUCAGCUCAGAGCCGCACGGAUGCAAACCGGAGCAGCAGAUGAUGUAUGCCGGGAGCAAGAACCGGCUGGUGCAGGUGGCUGAGCUCACCAAGGUAUUCCAGCUGGGGGAGCACGAAGCCUUGCCUCAUCAGUGCAGCGUGGGAGGGGGAGCAG